AUGGCUGGGGAAAAAGACAAUGGCAACAGCUUAUCAAACAAGACUAACAACGAAACAUUUGACCAUGGCUCUCCUUACUAUCUUCACCCCUCAGACUAUCUGAGGGUCGUCGACGAAACCCUUCAGAAACCAGAGAAGACACAUGUUAAUCACAUGGAUUGGCUACGAUGUGAUGCCAUGAUUAAAGGGCAGCUGACUAUAGACAUGGAAAGGGAGAUCAUAUCUAGUGUCAAAUACGCUAGCACUACCGAAGAAAUCUGGAACAACCUCCGUGAUCGUUUUGGGAAGGAAAGCGCACCUAGGGCGUAUGAGCUAAAACAACUUCUCACAAAAACUAAGCAAGACGGGGCUUCUGUCUCAGCAUAUUACACCAAGCUAAGGGCACUUUGGGACGAGAUAAGUUCAGUUUUUAAUAUACCCAAAUGUUCUUGUGCAGGUUGCAAAUGUGGGAUUAGUAAAAGACUCACUGAACUAAGAGAUAAGGAGAGAUUAUAUAAGUUCGUACUUGGACUCGACAAUGAGUUCUCCACGAUCAGAACCAAAAUAUUAGCAAUGAAGCCUAUUCCUACUUUAGGUGAAGCGUACCAUCUUGUGGCAGAAGACGAGCAGCAACGGGCGGUCUCGACUGGAAAAAGGACCAAUAGUGAAACAGUUGUGUUUCAAGCUCAUAUAAAGCGUGAUGCUAAUGUUUGGUCACAGAGAAAAAUGGGUCCAAGAAAUGGAAAAAGAGGAGGAAACGAUAAAGUUGAACAUUGUGAUUUUUGCGGGAAAUAUGGACACACUCGCGACGGUUGUUUCAAGCGGAUCGGGUACCCAGAAUGGUGGCCCGACAAACGGAAACCAGAAAAAGGAAUAGCGAAAGCAGCUUUUGUCGAAACAGAAUGGGACUCAAUGAAUGAUAAGCACGGUGAUGAAAAGAUUACUAUAUCUGGACUAAGCAGCGAACAGUAUAGGCAAUUUGUCAAUCUUUUCACAACGAAAAAUUCUCAGAAUACUGAUGUUACUCAACCGAUAGCCAACAUGGCAGGUAAAUUUGAUGAAGGCAACGAUUAG